ACUAUUACUGAGAUGAUAUGUUUUUCACAUGGAAAGCUGAACUAAUAAAGUAUAUUUUAGAAUAUUGAGGAUUUAAUAAACAUAAUAAGCGUUCUAAUGAAAAUGAAGUAAAUUAGAAACAUUAACGGAUUAUUAUAAUUACUGGAUAUCCUAAAACACUUUCAUAAUAAAACUUGAUUGCCAAAUUUUUUAUAAGACUCAAUUAAUUCGAGACAAAAUGAACUUAAAUUCAGUUUGGGUAACAUAGGUGAAAUAUUAUCUCAAAUAUUGUCUUUAUUAUUCACAUUAUACAAACUAUACAAAUGUAAUAAAAUUGAUGUCAUAUCAAGUAACAUUCUUUAUGUAAACUCCUGACAAUAUGGAUUGGAAUAAAAAGUAUCUGAAUUUAAAUGAGAGCACCGAGUUUGAAUCACUCAUAACAAUUGAGCCAAUGGAAAUGAAACAUAUCAUUCAAGAUCCACUAGAUUUGACGUUCGAAGAAUAUGAAGUACGUAAUACUUCUCAAACAUCUGAUUCAGUUCAUGUAUUCCCGAGUGAACCACGUGGAGUGUUAAAAAAGAAACCUCGUUUCGCCGUUCCGAUUAUUACUGAAUGUGAAAAUGAAAAUGAAGAUGUAACUGACAAAGUAAAAUCUUUUAUAAAUGAAAAUGAACUGGUUGAACAAAUGGACAAUAUUUCGUUUGAGGAGUAUUCCGAAAAAGUGACUGAUUCAAAAUGUCAAGAAAUAUGUUCAAAAACCGAACAGAACGCUCGUUUAGAUCAAUUAAGUUCACGAAUUUUCGCCACUAUUCUACCGGAUAAUGUACCUGUUGAACAGUCAAAACAGGAUGUGAAACAGGCAUAUAAACGUUUAAAUAUGAUAACAAAUGGUGCACAAGUUUUGGUAUUCAAUUGUUCACAAACUAGUAUACGUUUGGAUAGAAUAUUUCACAAAGUUCAAAACUGUAUAUUCUCUUUAACAAGCUUUCCUAAUUUAGCUACAAUGGUUGUAUUUUGUCAAAAAGUUUAUGAUUGGUUAGCACUAGAUGAAUACCAUAUCAUUCUACUUCAUGCUGAAGGUGAAGAAGCAAAAAUUCGUUUAAUGUUACUUGUUCUUGCAUUGGAUUCAUUCUAUGGAUCAAUUAAUAAAUACCGGGAUCACAAAACUUGUUCUCUACGACGUUAUAUUUCAUCUCAUCUUAAUGGCUUCUCUCAUGUUCCGGUUGGUUGGAUGAGAUACGCUGGUUAUAUGGAAAUAUUCUCACCAACUAAUAGUUUAAACAUUCUACGUGCACCAUUACAUAUCUAUCAGAUAUAUUUAUAUAAUUUUCCUGUUUUUGAAAAUAAUAAAUUAAGAUUAUACUUUAAAUUCUAUACUGGUUCUCCUCCUGUACAUAUGUAUACUACAAACCUUUACGAAUACGAACGAACUGAUUCUUCAAAUCUUGUAUUGAAUUUUCAAUCUAACUCUAAUCAUAAUAUUGGUCUACAAUUGAGUGGUGAUAUUAUAAUAUUGGCUUAUCAUUCCAGAAGUUAUCCUUUGAAACGUAUUCGACUAUUUCGAAUUCAUAUACAUUCCUGUCAAGGGAUAGAGGAUUGGAUACGAUUUGUACCAAGUGACUUUGACGAAAUUUCGGGAUCUUUCCCUUCUUCGAUGAGCUUAAUUCUAAACCUUACUUCGAAACCCAUUCCAUUAACUGAUGAAAAGAUUCAAAUAAAAGUAGAAAAUGUAUCGAAACAAAAAACUGCAUUUAAUAGUCCUUCAGCUAACUUGCUUAAUGUUCAAAACAACCCUGAAGAUCAAUCACGUUUAAAUGAUUCAUUAGAAAAUUUAUCAGAAUCAAUUAGAUCACGCCAAUUACCAUUAAGAUUAGCCCCAUGUUUAAAUAAAAAAAAUCAUUUUGAUUACAUGGUUGCUGAUACAAAGUUGGAUUCAACUCUAUAUGACUCCAAAUUAUCACAUAUAGAUGAUAGCAGAAUAAAUAAUCGUGAUGAGUUAGAUAAUGAUCACAAAGUGAAAAGUAGUUGGGAUCCAUGGUUGAAGACGGGUAUUAGUCAGCGGACUAACUCAAGAACUUAUGAAUGUUUAGCCACUGGACUCGAGGGUGUACAAGAAGAAUUCGAUAAUGUAACUAACCAAGAAGAAGAAAUGGACUACAUAGAUGAUAAUCAAAAUAAUAAUGAAAUAAGGAAUCCCAUAAAGAAAAACCGUCAAUCAGAAACUGAUUCUCUAGAAUCAAAUGAUAAUGAUUCAAAUCACAGAAGACAAGAAUCAGGAUCAUCAUCAUCAUCAUUAUCAUUCAAGAAAUUACGUCCUGAAUAUUUAUUUCAUAUUAGGAAAUCGAAACAUAAAAAUACUGAGUCUGCGAACGAUCUUCAAAAUGUUAAAACAACGAAACAGAAACCCGAAAAAUAUUGCAAUGAACAAGAAUCUAUGCCUCCACCAUCUAGUAAUACUGUGUUAAAAUAUUCCAAGAAACAUAAAACAAUUGGCUCCCGUAUUGUCAAUUUUUUCUCAGCUCAUUCUAAACAUCGUAAAACGGACAGCAACCAGUCAAUUAAUAAUUCUUCAAUUCAUUCAUCUGAUUCACCAAACAACGUUAACCUAGAUUGCGAUGAUUCAUCAGAAUUAAGUUUAGGUCAACAAUCAUCUGGUGAGAUUUCAACCAGUAAAAGAAUCAAUCAAAAAACACAAGCAUGCGCUCGUGGUAUUCCAACCGAUAAACUUGGUCCUCCUUGUAAAACUCGGAAAUUAAUAUCUGUUGGCACCUCUCCAUCACACUGGACUGAGCUUGUACAAACUUCCUAUCCAACAGAAGAUUUAGUCGAAGCAGCACGUUAUCUUAACAUCAUGGCCGGAACACAAGAACUUGAUCGUUUAUUGGAAGAAUUACGUUUAACAAGUAUGAAUAUGGCCGCUGGUCUUCCGCCUCCAUCUAAUACACAUUAUAAUUCAAAACCAUAUUAUUCUUCGCAAACACCACGGAAACAAUUGUUUCAUGACGAAGUUUAUCCAGAUAAUCGAUAUACUCCGAGUAGUAGAUCUGCUUCUGUCACUGGUUACAAUACUGACGCACAUAAUUUUAAUGAUUCUUUACACUCGAAUUAUCACAAACAUUCAACUUUUUAUUCAGAUCGAAUAGAUAAUUUUGGAAAAAGUACCAGUACCAGUAAAUUUAAUUCUUUUUCAACAUCUCCACGACAUCAGUCCGUAUUUACUACAACAUUGAAACAACGUCCACCCGUUGCUCCUCGAAAAUUCAAUCAAAUUCAUUUAACUAUUGAUCCUGAUUGUGGACCCACAGACGCACAAUCUGCUGUUUCAGUUCGUCUUGAAAAUAAUCAUGACUCUUUUAGACGUGAAAAAAAACUUGAAAAUGAUUUACAAACGGCAAGAGAAGAAUUAGCUAAUCUUAGACGUGCAAUGAGUUUAGUUGAUGAAAGACAUCAUCGUAUUGAAAAUAUAAAUGAUUCCAGAAAUCUAAUUUCACCAAGUCAUUCAGUACCAAGACGAUCACCAAAUAUGGAAACACAACAAUAUUUAAGUACAAGUUCAUCAUUUCAACGAUCUUAUCAAGUACAACAACACAGUACUCCAGGAAGUGUCAAUUCUUAUCAACAAAGAACGUAUCCUAGUAAAGAGCCAACAUGAGACAGUUUAAAAAGAUGUUACAAAUUAUACUCUCGAUAUUCAAUGUAUUAUUUGUUCGGAAUAAAUAAACCGUAUUUUGAACAAGAAAAUGAUGUUCUUUUAAUACAGUAACUGUUUUCUGUUCUCAUAAUUAUUCCUUCUUUCUUUCUUGUAAUUAGUUAUCGCUUUUAAAAUAAGCGACCUAUAUGUAGAUGACUACUGAAAUCAGUAAGACUAAUGUACAGGUUUAUAAAUAAUUUCUAAAAAAUCAGUAAUCAAGUUAUUUUUCAUGUAUUUGGUUUUGUGACAUACAUCUUAAGUGAGGACUACUGAUUAAAGUUGUCCAAAACAAAAAUCAGCGAAGUUGAGACCUACAAUGCUGAAGGUCAAGAACAUUGUCUACAUCAUUUCAUAAGCCUUUUAUUACAACUGUUAAGUGAUGUUCACUUUGGAUUUUGUUCUUUUCACUUUUUAUAACUAUUCUAACCUAUUUUAUCAUUCCUACUGUGUAUUACUUUCGUAUUUCGCACUGAAUUACCAUAAAAUGUUUGUUUAAAUCCUUUUUCAUAUAACUUUUUAACUGACUUAUUAUGAUGUUUACAUAUGUAUAUAUAAAAGGUCGUUUUGUUUAUGAGUUCCCUUCAUCAACCUUUUUCGUGAUUCAACCUUUUAAACUGUAUUACUACCCUUUAAAUGUAAACCCAUGCUAUAACAUCAUCUGAAAUUAGAAAAGCGGAUAUAAUACCGCUUCUGACUGAAUGUAUAUGCUAUUCCAAAUUAAAGUACAAACUAUACUUAAUAACUAACAAUUUGAAGUAAAUAUAGAAGCAAUACGCAAAGAAACAGUCAAUUCCUUGUUUACUAUUAAUCACUCAACGUCUAACAUGCAUAUUCCGGUCCACAAUUUUGCACCUCAUAUCACCACAAUAAAAGAGAAAAUUUACAUGAUGAAAACCAAGAAAUAGGAAUCGAUUUUGACUGCUUUGAAAAUAUUACCAUUUAAAAUACAAUUCAAGAAAAUUAAAUGAGCUGGAAGAAGAUAAAUCAGAAAUCUCAUUUAACUCAAAAUUUUGAUGAAAAGAGAAAGUGGAUGCAACUUGGUCGGUACGACUGGUUGUGUGCCACUCAACAUAACGUUUCUAACAAUCAAUUAAAAUUAUUUAGCAGACAAUUAAUUUAAUGACUCAGAAAAUGAAUCAGUUCAUUCAUGCCCGACCGUUGCUGCUACCUU